AACCGUUGGCAGUGUUGCCAAGUCUACGGUGUUCACGAAUCCCGCGGAAUUGGGCUACUUUAACGCUCUUUCCGCGGGAUGUUUUUCAUGUCCGCGAGUUGAAGCGACCCCAGUAACGUGAUAUUUAGCCCCUGGAACGCGACUUUUAUCAGAGGGACUCCGCCAAAAACGUGUAUUUUACCCCACUGGAACGCGAUUUUUACCGGGAAUCCCCAGUGAAAAGCGAUUGGGCUAGUUGGCAAACCUGACCGUUGGUGUAGUGAAUUCAAAUUCCCGUGAGCUGGAGAGCGAGAGAGUGGAGCCGAUGCAGAGAAUCGACAAACAUCAUUUACAGACGGAUUUUCCAUCAUUAAAGUUAUGUGUAACCCACCAUUGCUAGGUCUGAGCUUACGAGGCACCAUUUAGUCAGAAGUCAGAAGUGUAGAAAAGGAACCACUAUGAAUUUCACAAGUCAUUGGAGAACCACACAACUGCAAUGAAAAUUGGAAUAGUAAGCAGCAGCAGUUGCACUAGGGCUGUCGCGGUGAAGGAAUUUCCCUUGCGGUAGUUUUGAGUGGCUCAAAAGCACGAUGACACAUACAAAUGUUUCUGGAGCAGAAAAGAAAAUGGCUUCUCAAUGGACUCGUGCAAACAGUGCAGAGAAGAAGGUGCCCCACACUCGCAUUGAGGAUGAAUCCGACAUACAGAAAAUCUAUUCCUUUGGGAGGAAAUUAGGUCAAGGCAACUUUGGAGUCGUCUGCGAAGCCACUCACAUUGAGACGCAGAGGAAGUGGGCAAUUAAGAAGGUGAACAAAGAGAAGGCAGGCACUUCUGGUGUAAAACAUCUGGAAAGAGAAGUGAGCAUCAUGAAACAAGUGAAACAUGAACAUAUUAUACAUCUGGAGGAAGUCUUUGAGACACCAAAGAGGAUGUACCUCGUGACUGAGCUUUGUGAAGGAGGCGAUCUAAAGGAUCUCCUGCAGAAGAACAAGCACUUCACUGAGGAGGAGACCAGGCACAUCAUCAAAAGCUUAUCUGAAGCUAUUGUUUAUCUGCAUAAAAAAGACAUUGUUCAUCGUGACCUCAAACUGGAAAACAUUCUUGUGAAGAGUUGUCACCAAGGCAACGAUAACGAUAUGGUCAAUAUCAAGGUCACAGAUUUCGGACUCUCUGUGCAGAAGGGUGGUGUAGGCAGUGAAAACAUGCUGCAGGCCACCUGCGGGACGCCUAUCUACAUGGCGCCUGAGGUGGUUAAUGGUCACCAAUACAGCCAGCAGUGUGAUUUGUGGAGCAUUGGCGUCAUCAUGUACAUGCUACUGUGUGGAGAGCCUCCUUUCAUUUCCAGCUCUAAGGAAAGGCUUUCUGAGAUGAUUAUGAAAGGAGAGCUCACUUUCUCUGGCCCAGUGUGGCACACCAUUAGUGAUGCAGCCAAAAAUGUAAUACGGUGUUUGUUGAAUGUUGACCCAGCUCACCGCAUCACGGCCAAUGAGCUGCUGGAUAACCCUUGGAUUUCGGGGGACACCUCCACCACUGUUACACGUACAAACGUCUUAGAGAUGAUGCGUCAGUUCCGGAACGCUCCAGAGGACGAAGAGAGUGUGGAGAUGAGUGAGGGACUGCAAAACCUCUCUCUCACUUCCUCUCAGGACAAAGGGUCAGGGCCGAGAACAUCUCAAGAGCUCUCAGUAACCCCAGCUCCUCCUGAGGACGUCAUAGACAGCAGCAGUAGCAGCAAACCCUCCACCCCAAAUAAGAAGCCUCUGAAGAAAAAACUAUCAGCCUCAUCCUCUAAUGGUGUUAAGAAGAGUGCGUCUGCUGCAAAAGCCUGCAGCACUUUGAAUACAUCCGCUGCACAGUCCCACACAGGUAACAAACCCCCUGCUCAGCCAAGCACAAAAAGCUACAGCAAGGCCUCCUCCAUCUCGGGAUCCUGUCUCAAACCAUCAUCAACAGAAGCAGCCUCUGCAGCAUCCAACUCAAGCAGGCGCGAAAGCUUGUCCCCACGUCCCUACACCACUUCCAUCCACCGUUCCACCAAUCCAGCCUUUGGCUUCCGGGCUAAAAAACACAGCUAGACUUCGGCGGUGAGACUGCUCGAGUAGUUGCGUUCAGUGCCAAAGGUGAGGAAUUCAAGGGGGCUGCUGCUGCAUGGUGGGCCCACUGGAUACACAAAUGACUCUUUAAGCCAGAACAGUUUUACAGUGAAGCAGAAGUAAAACUGUACUUCCUCCAAUGUGAAUGUGCUUUUAGUCUCCUUAGUAGGAUGGAUCUUAAUAGUCACUUUUUAUGAAGUAGACAGAGGCCCCCUCUUUUUAGGAUGAGCUACUAGAUGUUUUGGGGGGGUUGGCUGCUGCUUUAUUUUCAUGGACCUGGAACAGAUUAAGUCAUCAUGCCUAUUCAUGGCAUCUAACAUAAGGCGCAUAAUUCAUCUUUGCACAUUGAAUGCUAUUCUCUAGAGAAUAAAGGAAGUUCUUAUGUUUCAUCAUGAAGGACUGUGAAGAAUGUAUUGACUAUAACAGAGUUUAAUAGCUUUUGCUUUGUUUUGCAAUUAUAAAUAGGCAAUAACAGAGUAAUUUGAUGCAAUAUUCAAACAACAUAGUAUUCACCAUUUUUGACAAUAGUACGUGUAAAAACUGUCGAUUCAUUUUACGAACAUCUUGUUUCCUCUUCAGUCAUGCUAAUCACACCGGUCAUCUUUUGCCAAAUCACAUCAGGUAGCUGUUGUAUAUGAAUAGUUCUUAUUUGUUAUCCAUUAAAAAGAAGCCAUCC